CCGUCCCGGCUGGAGGCAACCGGGGCCAGACGUCUGUCAGGUCGGGGGGAUAAGGGCGAAGUGUGCGUGUCUAUGACUGAGUGUGAGAGAACCUCAAGUGUUCUUUACAACUGAAUUUGUUCUUUUGUCUCAAGUUGAAGUCGACUUUCGAGAAGCCCCUCAAGAUGAUGACCAUGACUCACAUGGAGACCACGGUGCGCUACGACAACGGCUACGAGGAGGAGUACAUGCUCCAGGAGGACGAGUGGGACCGGGACAUGCUGCUCGACCCGGCUUGGGAGCAACAGCAGAGAAAAACCUUCACUGCCUGGUGUAAUUCCCACCUGAGGAAAGCUGGCACUCAAAUUGAAAACAUUGAAGAAGAUUUGAGGAACGGACUGAAGCUCAUGCUGCUUCUGGAAGUGAUCUCAGGUGAGCGGUUACCUAAACCGGACAGAGGGAAGAUGCGCUUUCACAAGAUUGCUAACGUCAACAAAGCGCUGGACUUCAUCACCAGCAAAGGGGUAAAACUGGUCUCCAUUGGAGCUGAAGAGAUUGUGGACGGGAAUGUGAAGAUGACCCUUGGAAUGAUCUGGACAAUAAUCCUCCGCUUUGCCAUUCAGGACAUUAACGUUGAAGAAACAUCUGCCAAAGAGGGCCUCUUGUUGUGGUGUCAACGAAAGACUGCCCCCUACAGGAAUGUCAAUGUCCAGAACUUCCAUGUCAGCUGGAAGGACGGCCUGGCCUUCUGCGCCCUGAUUCACAGACACAGACCCGACCUGCUCGACUACUCUAAGCUCAGCAAGGAUGAUCCUCUGGGGAACCUGAACCUGGCUUUUGACAUAGCCGAGAAACACCUCGACAUUCCCAAAAUGCUCGAUGCCGAAGAUAUCAUCAACACCCCCAAGCCCGAUGAAAGAGCCAUCAUGACCUACGUGUCCUGCUUCUAUCACGCGUUUGCCGGCGCUGAGCAGGCUGAGACGGCCGCCAAUAGAAUCUGUAAGGUGUUGGGGGUAAACCAGGAAAACGAGAAGCUGAUGGAGGAGUACGAGAGGCUGGCCAGCCAGCUGCUGGAGUGGAUCCGCCGCACCACUCCCUGGCUGGAGAACCGGACCCCGGAGAAGACCAUAGCAGAGAUGCAGAGGAAGCUGGAGGACUUCCGCGACUACCGACGCCAGCACAAGCCCCCUAAGGUGCAGGAGAAGUGCCAGCUGGAAAUCAACUUCAACACCCUGCAGACCAAGUUGCGCAUCAGCAACCGGCCUGCCUUCAUGCCCUCCGAGGGCAAGAUGGUGUCGGAUAUCGCCGCAGCCUGGCAGGGCUUGGAGCAUGCCGAGAAGGGUUAUGAGGAGUGGCUCCUCACAGAGAUUCGCAGGUUGGAGAGGCUGGACCACCUGGCUGAAAAGUUUCGCCAAAAAGCCACCAAUCAUGAAAAUUGGGCCAGCGGCAAAGAAAUGUUGCUCUCCUUGAAGGACUACGAAACAGCCACCCUGACGCAAAUAAAGGCGCUGCUUCGAAAACACGAGGCCUUUGAGAGCGACCUGGCAGCCCACCAAGACAGGGUGGAGCAGAUUGCUGCCAUCGCGCAGGAGCUUAAUGAGCUGGACUACCAUGACGUGGCUGCUGUAAACUUGCGCUGCCAGAGCAUCUGCGACUUGUGGGACCGGCUGGGGACCCUGACCCAGAAACGGAGGGAGGCAUUGGAGCGUACAGAUAAGCUGCUGGAGACCAUCGAGCAGUUGUUCCUGGAGUUUGCCAAGCGCUCGGCUCCUUUCAACAACUGGAUGGAGGGAGCCAUGGAAGACCUGCAGGACAUGUUUAUGGUGCACACAGUAGAGGAAGUCCAGAGUCUAAUCGCGGCUCAUGAGCAGUUCAAAGCGACUCUCCCGGAGGCGGACGCUGAGCGACAGGCCAUCCUGGGAAUCCACAAUGAGGUGCAGAAAAUCUCCCAGAGCUACGGGAUCAAGGCCAACAUUAUCAACCCUUACAGCACCAUCACAACUGACGAGCUGCUUGUCAAAUGGGACAAGGUCAAGAAGUUGGUUCCUCAGCGAGACAGUGCCAUGCAGGAAGAGCUGGCACGCCAGCAUUCCCACGAAAGGUUGAGGCGGCAGUUUGCCGCACAGGCUAAUCUCAUUGGACCCUGGAUCCAGGCCAGGAUGGAGGAGAUUGGGCGCUGCUCCCUGGAGAUCGGGGGCGCCCUGGAGGACCAGAUGACCCAACUGAAGCAGUGCGAGCACGUCAUCGUCGCUUACAAGCCCAACAUCGACAAGCUGGAGGGAGACCACCAGCUCAUUCAGGAGUCGCUGGUGUUUGACAACAAACACACCAACUAUACUAUGGAGCAUAUCCGCGUGGGCUGGGAGCUGCUCCUCACGACAGUGGCCCGCACUAUCAACGAGAUCGAAACCCAGAUCCUGACCCGCGACGCCAAGGGUAUCAGCCAGCAGCAGAUGAACGAAUUCAGAUCUUCUUUCAACCACUUCGAUCGGAAGAAGAACGGUGCCAUGGAGACGGAUGACUUCCGAGCCUGCCUCAUCUCAAUGGGCUACGAUUUGGGUGAGGUGGAGUUCGCCCGGAUAAUGAUCCUUGUCGACCCCAACGGCACCGGAAUCGUCUCCUUCCAGUCUUUCAUUGACUUCAUGACCAGAGAAACCGCAGAUACCGACACUGCCGACCAGGUUGUGGCAUCCUUCCGGAUUUUGGCGGCGGACAAGCCGUACAUUCUGGUGGACGAGCUGAGGAGAGAACUUCCUCCUGAGCAAGCUGAAUAUUGCAUCUCGAGGAUGCCACCCUACAGGUCCCCGGGAGCGCCACCGGGGGCGCUGGACUACACCGCUUUCUCCACCGCCCUCUAUGGGGAGAGUGACCUUUAACAACCCCACGUGACAACCACCUCCCUGCUAACUUUUUCUCAUUUAGGAAUUUAGGGAGUCUGUAAUGAAGGGAGCUUCAAUUGUGAUCAAUGUUUGGGUUGAUUCGUUAGAUGUCUGCUGAAAGAUGCCUGCUUGACUCACUGAAAUAUUCACACUCAAAUUGAAAUGCAUUGUUUUAAUUACCCAUUGGGAAGACCGUGUUCACUCAGAGCCUAAUGCCAUCUAAGAAGGCUUUUUCAGAUUCCUUAAUGACUCAUUUAACAAAUACCCAAAUUGCCCCCCCCCCCCCCCCCCCCAAUAUGUUUCACAAAUGGAUGAACACAAAAGUAAAAUGUAAAGAAUCACUAAUGCUUUAAAGGCAUACACACAAGACACAAAGGUAAAUCUAGAUAAAUAAUUUCUGAAAUGUUUAUCUGGGUUUUAUGCUUUUAAUGUAUUUGCUGAUUAAAUAUGUUUACUGUUGUGCUGAAUUAUUACCCAAAUUGCCUUUGCUCAUGCAUGUUUCAACAUAUUUUUUCUUGCAUUCAUUAACUCUAAUGUGGCCAACAACAGCUAGAUUUGUCCCCUGUUACUUUUGAUUGUACCCAUGGAAACAAAAUAGAAUAAAUGGUAUUCAAACAA